AAUUUCGAAACUAAGUCGACCAUGACAAAGCAGUUUGAAAUAUUUGUCCGUUUGAAGCUCCAAAUCUGUUGAAUUUUCUAAAAGCUCCGCCGCGCAGGAUGCUGUGCCUGCGGCCCUGCCUUCCGUAAAAUAUAUUUAGAACCUCUUUGGGUUCACUGCCAAGUCAUCGACCUUCGCCGUGCAGUUGUCGCUCGGGAUGUGGCACCGGCAAAGCCACAACUUCGUGCGGGACAUCCUGGUUCUGGAGAACUCUCCAUCACUUACGCCGAAGUUCUACGUCUUGCCGGAGGAGAACAGGCGCCAAGUCGAGGAUGAACAGCGAGGAGUGUGCCAAUACCGACGGCAUUUUAAGGCAGCUGAGACAGGCAGUUCCCCUGUCGGCGCGGAGCGAGUCCAUCACCUGGCUGACGCCGUGCAACUGUGUGCCCAUCUGGAGCCGGCGGCUGAGUCGCCACGCAGAGGGCAGCCGGCGGCACUCCGGCGGUACUCAGUGGCGGAACUUCGACGUGGAGGUAGCGGACAGGCUGUGGUCGCUGUGGGGCGGCCUGCAUCCGAGGGCUCCCUGGUUCGACGGGAAGGUGCGAGGUCGCCAGGCGCUGGGGUGCUGCGUGGUGGCCUGCUGUGUGGCCAGCACGUUCCGCCGCCUGGGCGAGUGGAGCGGGCAGCUGCUCGACGCGAUCGUUGUUGACGGGGACGGCUACUAUCGCGCCAGUGUGGAGCAGAGCGAGCGCUGGGACCAACAACUGGGGCCGACGACAUGAGCAGCGAGUGCGAGUUCCGGGACCUCCGAUUCCUCGUGCAAACGGAGCUGGUGGCCUUCGCUUGUGUACAGCGCACCAGCCAGCCCCGCCAUGAGUCUGCUGGAGAGCCUCAACUUCUUCUUCACGCGGUACCAGUGGGGCGUUCUGGAGUGCCAGGGGCGCUUCUUGGCCUUCGGGCACAGCUCCAGCCGCGACGGUGGCUACUUCCUCUUCGACUGCUCUGCGUGGGGCGAGCCCGUGUUCCCGGACGGCAUGGGCGCCGCAUACGUGCUGGUGGCCAAGCAGCUGCAGAUGCUGCUCUACUGUGCUGUGGUCACGCUCAAUGUGCGGCGCCGAAAUGUCGAGUUCCGGCUUUACAACGUGGACAUGGCCCGCAAGCCCAGCGGUCCCCGGAAACACCACCAUGAGCCCACAGGGCAGGCUUUACGUACCUGAGCUUCGCUGUGCGACGGACAAAUAGAUCUAUCUGAACCAGUA